AGACUAUGCCUAAUGCCCGGCUGAAAUGUGACAUUAUGUCAACAUUGUCAAACAGUACAUUUUGAAGAGGUGAAUCUAAAUCUAAAGAUAUUAUUCAAGUUCCGAAUUUAAAGAGUAACCGAAACUAUUUAUACUGUUAAGAAUUAUAUAAAGAAGGAUAAAGAAUCUGAAGUGUACAAUUGGAUUUGUUAAACCAACGAACAACAUACACAAUGCCUCUGCCACCUGCGUUAGCAGCGCGCCUUGCUAAAAGAGGAAUUAUUAAAGCAACACCUGAAAUAGAACCUAUCAAAGAUGGAUCUCCAGUACAAGUUAAUGAAGAAAUUAUUGCAGAAGAUUAUGAUAAUAAACUUGAAGAGCGAGUAAAUAAGGAAAACUUUUGGGAAGGGAUAGAGGGUGUAAAUGUUGACCCUAUAAAAGGACAUAAAGGAUGUCCAAAUAAAAGUAAUAUCUAUCAUGAAUGUUCAAAGUACUGUUUGAAAAGAUGGAAAUCAGGGAAGUUAGUACCUAAUGAAACCAUGAUGGAAUUUAGGAAGAAAGCCCUAGACAUGUGGCCAUUGCCACCAGGUUGGGAAGAAGUCUAUGAUGAAGGAUUUGGUCAGUAUUACUAUUGGAAUGUUCACAACAAUUUGGUCAGUUGGAUGCCACCAGCACACCCUCACGCUGUGCCUACUGAGAGUGCAGCACACUUACGUGAAGAGAGGUUACUUAAGGAAGGGGACGAAAGUGAUGACAGCAGUGAAGCUUCUGAUCAAGAAGUGCCUCAACAGUUGCACAAGGAAAAGAAACAAGAACGCAGAGAAAAAGAUAAAGAACAAACCCAUCAUAGGAAUAAGAGGCAAAGGCUUAAAGACAAUGACUUAGAUCCUAUGGACCCUGCAUCUUACUCCGACAUUCCUAGGGGGAAGUGGAGUUCAGGCUUGGAUACCUACGCCAAGACAGGAGUAGACACUACUGCUUCAGGUUCAUUAUAUCAGAUGAGACCAUAUCCUGCACCUGGGGCUAUACUGGCAGCAAACGCCAAACAGUCUACUCCAUCACCUUAGAUAUUGAUUUAUUAAAGUGUGACAUGCA